AUGGAUAAACUUGCUCAACUAAACUCUUUUCUAGUAGAGCAAUUUCCUCCAGGCAUUAAAAUAACUCUCUCACAGCUGCCUUUACAAGAUUAUUCAUUGCUUAUUUCUUUUGCUUUGAGCAUUAUAGGUUUUGCUCUUUUGAUAUGUGUGAUAAGAUGGAAGCCACCUGUUAAAAUUCCUGAAGGACUUAAGAAGAAGAGACAAUAA